UCAUCAAUCCACCCAUCCGUCCAUCCAUUCAUCCGUCCAUCCAUCCAUCCAUCCAUCCAUCCAUCCAUCCAUCCAUCCAUCCAUCCAUCCAUCCAUCCAUCCAUCCAUCCAUCCAUCCAUCCACCAUCCAUUCAUCCAUCCAUCCACCCGUCCGUCCGUCCGUCCAUCCAUCCAUCCACC